AUGACAAAUCGACCAGUUUACCACUGGUACAGAGUACUCGAUACUCGUCCGACUAAUCCGAUUAAUCGUCUCGGUGCUGCCAUUGAGGAACGAGGAGUGGCAUUCGGCAGUCAGUCGGAAAAACACCGCGAGCAGCUGAAAAGACCAAAAGCUGAAAAAACUACGCAGCCGCUCGGCCCAAGCCGCCGGAAAAGAAAAAACCAUUCCGGGAAAGGAACCGGGAAAAGAACAGGGAAGGUUUCAAAGGAACCAAAGAAGGAAAAAAAAGUGGAACAAAGUGGGACCGGAACAGAGGAACCAAAUCGUCAGGGCCUCGGGCGUUGUGGCAGCCUGCAGCCUGCAGCCUGGCAGGGUGGCUGUGUCGACGGUCAAGGGGUGUCAAGUACCGACCGUCGAACCAGCGAACAGCGCACAGCGAACAACGAACAACGAACCUUGGAACUCGAAAGAACCAGACGAAAGAAAAACAAGGGUAAGGCUGAAACGCACUACUGUGGUUCGGGUACUCAGACUACUCCGACUCCGGUAGACGUGCGAAGUGCAAAAACAGGCGAGCAGGGCGAGUUGCAAAGCCGAGUGGGCCGAGGACGGUACUCUGACGGUACUCUACUCUGUAAUGGCGGGACAACUACCGUAUUCAACAUUGGCCGUUCACCGUUCACUGUUGGCAGUUGGCGGUUCCAAGAUUUAGUGGAGUGGACUGGUUAGAUUGACAAGUGCCGAGUAGUCUGGUGGGUUGGUUGUCAAGUUACUCCGUAGAGGAUCGGCGGACUAGAAGAACGGGCGGAAAAAGACGUAAGAGAAAAAAGCGAGAGAAAGAGAAAGACAAAAAGAGGGAAGGAAGAGGAAGGUCAAGCAAAGUGGAUAGGAAGACGGUCCGUAUCGUCCGUAUCACUCAGUGUCAAUGGCAAUGGAGAUGCCGAGUGACGAGGGGCAUGCCAUGCCGGUGCCGGACCAGGAUGAGUGAACAUGGAUCCAAUCAAGUCACAAAAUAGAACAGACCUUGAGAAUGUACGAGUAAAUGUAAUGGUGGAAUGCAAUGGUGGAAUGUAAUGU